CAGAUACGAGUAAGAAACAGAGAAGCAAAACAGAUUACCUCUAACUCCAACAACUUUCCUAAAUACCAAAACUCGACCAUGGGAAAGACUGUCAAAUCAGCACUGUUGGUGUUCCUCUUUGUUAUCGCAAUUGGUUUACCAAUCGCCUACUCAGCAAUGGACAUACAGUGUUCCAGUCAAUACGACUGCAGAUUAACAGGCUGCCCCUGCUCAAACGGAAGGUGUACAUGCUCAGAAAUAAAUUCAAAGGCACCACCAAAGCCACCAUCAUAUGAAAUAAAUUCAAAUUAUCCACCAAAGCCACCAUCAAAAAUAAAUUCAAAGGCACCACCAAAGGCACCAUCAGCUGAGCAAGAGCCACAGAGUCCCCGUCUUCCAUGAUGGAAUACACAUAGACAACAAGACAAUCCCUAAGUUGACCCUAAGAAUAACUGUUAUUACAAUAAAACACGACCAGCAUUAUGGCAGGUCAUAGAAAUGAUUACUGUCUGUAUAUUCAGGAAUAAUGUAACAUAAAAAAGGAACAGCUUUUCAGUCAAAUAAACUGUCUUCACUAUUUGUUACUUUAA